AUUUGUAAUUAAUCAAACUUCCCUUUUUUUUUUUUUUUUUUUUUUUUUUUUUUGGAAUAGAACCUCCCUUCCUUGAUACCAUCAAAACCACCAACAUUUAGUGUACGUGAGUGGACAGUCAUUGCCCUUAGUAUUUCACCAUUAUUUUCCCUCUUGCCACCAAUCACUAACACCUUGGCACCACCACCCUAACCGGCGACGACCACCACCACCCUCACUGACAACGACCACCACCACCAUCCUGACCGACGAUCCACCACGUUCCCUCACCGGAGGGAAGGUGGUGGAUUUUUAUUUCCGGCAACCACAGUAACCGGAGCCCAAAACCGAUUAACCGUGGUUGCUAGAAAUUAACCACACCUUUUCGCCAGCGAGGGAAGGUGGUGGGUCGUUAUUGAUGGGGAAUGGGGAUGUGGUGGGUCGUCGGUAGGUGGUGGUGGUCGUUGCCGGUCGAAAGGGGUGGUGGGUCGCCGAUUCGCCGGGGAGGAUAAGUGGUGGUGAAAAUAGUAAGGGCAUGGUUGUACAUUCUCAAGUCACAACAAAUGUUGGCGGUGGUGAUAUUUUUUAUGGCGGUGUUGAGCAAUGGACUUCUUUUGGUUAAGCAGUUACUAAAAAAAAAAAAAAUUACAAUCUGUUGGUUAAGCAGUUACUAUAAACAUUAUCCCACAUUAUCUAAACACCAUUCUCAGUGGCCAUGGCUGCUAUCUUCACACUCUCAUGGCAGUUCUCCUUCCUUCCUCCCUCCACCACUCUCAAUCAAAACCACCUCAUACCCCUAAACCCAUUUCUUCUCCAUCAUUUUCUCUCUCCUCCAACCCCAAAAUUCAAUCUUUAACCUCCAAAAAGAGGGAUUUCAUCUUCCAAUCAAUCUCUCUCUGCAUUGCUUCAUUAAUCCUUGAAACCCCAUCUGCCAUUUCUGCAACUAAAGCUCCUCCUCCUUCCAAAUCGAUUCUUUCGGAAAUUUUGAACACUAAAUCAUGGUUUCAGUUUUUUGGUGAUGGGUUUUCCAUUCGUGUUCCUCCCGAAUUUCAGGACGUUAUGGAGCCUGAGGAUUUUAAUGCUGAGUUGUCCCUUUAUGGAGAUAAGGCAAAGCCAAAGACUUUUGCUGCACGGUUUGCCUCUUCUGACGGGUCUGAGGUAGUUAGUGUAAUUAUCAAGCCAUCCAACUCAUUGAAAAUUACAUUCUUAGAGGCUCAGGACAUUACUGAUAUAGGCUCUCUAAAAGAAGCAGCAAAGAUUUUCAUUCCUGGUGGGUCAUCACUGUAUUCCGCACAAACUAUUAAAAUAAAAGAAGAGGAUGGUUUCAGGACAUACUAUUUCUAUGAGUUUGGCAGAGAUGAACAACAUGUUGCACUUGUAGCUGCUGUUAAUGGAGGAAAGGCAUUUGUUGCUGGAGCGACUGCCCCACAGUCUAAGUGGGAUAGCGAUGGUGUAAAACUUCGCAGUGCUGCCUUGUCUCUGACGCUGUUGUAGUCCUACUUUGACGACUGAGUUUAGCUUUGUCCAUUAUUAUUUUAAGGUUGGAUUAGUUACAUUAUGCUUGAAAGUCAGUUCCUUUUGUUCCCCUCCUUGGUGAUACAGUAGGUCUACCUAUGAUCUGGGCAAUGUGGACAUAUUGUAAUUGUACAUCAUAUUCAAAACAUCAUUGUUUAGCUGUUU